AUGUGCAUUCUACAUCUUCUGUUUUUGGUGUGCGACACACUGCACGGGGGAAUACGGCUAUCUUGCGCUUGUUUUCUCUUUCGCUCUAUUACAAAUGAAUCUACCUUCUUCCGCUUUGCUCCCGUCUACAUAUCUGUGUCUUUCACACCCGUUGUGGGGGGAAAAAAAGAGAGAGAGGAAAAGCACUUCUCAGCGCGUGCCGAGCCAGAACAGGACGCCUCCGAGCCCGAGGUUGACGCCCAGGUGCAUGCACAGGCUCCACGCCAUGCAGUACAGGUACUUUGGCGAGAAGACGGUCCAGACGAAGAGGUGGGUGCGCAGCACGGUGCAGGCGGCCAUGACGGACGCGGCGCCCGCGGCCGCGAAGACGGUCAGCGCGCAGGCGUGGCGCAGGAAGACGCGCGGCUCGCCGCCGCCGCCCCGGGCCCGGCGCACGAGCAGCGCGUUGGCCGCGAGGGCCCAGUAGAUGGGCGCGGCCCAGUUGCCGACAAAGGUCAGGAGGCCGACGGCGGCGACGCUGAAGCCCGAGACGCCGUUGUAGGCGCUGCUGAGGUCGACCGAGGAGAUGGCGUUUGUGCCGCCGGCGGCGAAGAAGGAGGCGUGCUGGAGCAGGAGCACCGCGGCCGAGAGCGCCGGCAGGGCGAGGUCCUGCGCCGCGAGGAACUUGUAGACGACGUCGGAGACGAAGAAGAGGGGCACGUUGGUGGCGCGGGACUGGGUCAGGGCCAGGAGGGUGUAGAGGUGGUGGAGGGUCUGGGUGGCUGCGGUGGUUGA